GCUCCCUCUAUCUCAACUUUCCUGAACUGUCAUCCAUAUUUACCUCCACCAAGUUGUCAAUAAAGUUGAAAAGUGUCAAAAUAUUAGUUUAAAAAUUUAGACAAUUAAAAAAUGUCUGAAAACGAGAAAGUGACAGAUAAUAACUUGGGACGUUAUUUUGACAGCUCGCAUACAAUAUUCGACGAGCUGGUGUCCCCAGGAACUGGAGCACCUUCAGGAACACUUCCACCAGCAUCAGGACUGUUGACAUCCAUGGGCCCAGAUCUGCUGCCAGCAAGUGAACUGUUCAAGCAGGAUGACUUGUUCAGCACAGAACGAUCAAUAGAGUCCAGCACCGUGGACUACCACCGAGACGCCUGGAUUCCCUGUGACAAGACCCGGAAGAUCCUCAGGAGCAUCGCCACCUCAGGUAACAACAGUCAUGACAGAGAGAAUCUUACCAUGCCCGGUUUGACUUUGCAGAGCGAUAUGGGAGACCCUAUCAAGGAGUCUGCGGUUCAUUACCUGGGGGCCGAUGAAACAAUUCACCGGAAUAUCUCGACGGCUUCUGACGUUACUCAGGACGAGCGAGGACUGAGAAAUUUAAUUCAGUCCGAGUGCUACCGUGCUGCUGUCAAUUUAACUGGUCGAUUGCUCGCGAUCUACGGGCAAGGUUAUGGAAAGAUUAACUACCCGAGCAAGCAUACUCCACAUUCUUUGCAGCUUUGGUACACCAGGUUGGCUUUGCUCGCUAAGCUACGGCAAGUUGAAGUUCUCAAGGCGGAGUCCCAGCCUUUUGGGAAUUUAGAUAAACCUGAUAUGUAUUUUAUUUAUUAUCCUGAGCUUUAUGGGACCAGGCAUGGAUCCAUGGCUUCUUUUGCCUUCAGAUUACUGCUAGCAGAACUACCAAUUUACUGGGGUGAUUCCAAAGAAGCAAUUGACAAUUUAUACAAACUACUGGCAACAAUCGAGAAAAUUCUAAAAAACUUAGAACUUGGACUAUCAGAAGAAGGUGGCCAGGCAAAAUUCACUGAAAAUGAGCGUAAGGACUCCACCAGACUCUGGACUGGGAGAAAAUCUCGCGUUCUGAUCUCAAUAGUGAACUGCGCGUUGAGCGUAAAGAACUUUUCCCUGGCAAUUGAUGUCCUAGAAGACCUCUGCGCCGGGAAUUGGACAGCUGAGCAGCUGGAGAUCCUGAAGAGUUCGUGCGGAAGAGUUUACUUAUUUUUAGGCGACGUAACAGCAGCAGAGAAAAUUUUUGCCGGGAUAAAAGAACUUCGGGACGGGAACUCGCCGACCAUGAGGGAGCUGAUUGACAGAGGAUUGAUGGCUGUAGCGCAGAACUCUUUUCAGGAUGCGUAUAAUUGCUUCAAGAUCGCUUCAGCUUCUGAUCCGUCAAAUGUCAUGCUAAUUAAUAAUAUGGCAGUAUGUCUGCUGUACAGUGGGCAGCUUAAAGCCGCGGUUCAACUGCUCGAAGCCGCGGUUAUGCGAAAUCCUAUCAAGAGUCUUCAGGAAAAUGUUUUGCUGAAUGUUAGUACGCUCUAUGAGCUACAUACUACUCAUUGCAAGCAGUCGAAGCUUCAGUUGUUGAGACAGAUGAAUAGAUACAAGGGUGAUGCUGCUGAUAUUUCGUGUUUGAAACUGACUUAGAGUUUUUAUUUUAUUUAUUUAUAUGUUUGUUAUUUAUUAAAUAAUGUAAUAUUGGAUAAUGUACAUAUUAAUAAAUUUUUAUUUUUAUUCAUCUUUGGAUGGAUUUUUGUGAACUAUAAAUUAGAAUUAUUUGUUUUUAUUUUGGAUGGAAAUUAUGUGUAUCAAAAUGUAUUAAGAAAGAAAUUAUGAAA